UCUCUUUCUUAUCUGUUCUCAUAGAACAAGUACACACUUUUUCCAGGUGCUGUCAGCCUGUGACUUGUGACUGAGAUCAUGCACACCAAGGAAAACUCAUGCUGCUGUUCCUUUGAGGACUGCAAACUGACUACAGAAUGGCUGCUGAGCAGGACGAGACACAGGCCAAAGAUAGCUAUCGUGUGCGGCUCUGGACUGGGACUUCUCGCAGACAGUGUCUCAAAUAAACAGAUCAUCCGCUAUGAGGACAUUCCCAAUUUCCCAGUGAGCACAGUUCCUGGUCAUGAAGGGUGCCUGGUGUUUGGUCAAAUCAAAGGCGAGUCCUGUGUCUUCAUGCAAGGAAGGUUCCAUCUGUACGAGGGUUACUCAUUGUGCAAGGUCACGUUCCCCGUGCGGAUCUUCAAGCUGAUGGGUGUGGAGAUCAUUAUCGUAACAAACGCCUCUGGAGGUCUUUGUCAGGAUUUCAAAGUGGGAGACAUUAUGGUCAUUAAGGACCAUAUUAACUUGCCGGGGUUUGCUGGACAGCACCCACUGUGUGGACCCAAUGAUGAACGAUUUGGGAUCCGGUUUCCUUGUAUGUCUGAUGCUUACAGCAAAGACUUGAGGAAAUUAGUUUUGGACAUCACUGCUGAGCUGGGCUACUCUAAUUUUGUGCGAGAGGGAGUCUACUGUAUGGUUAGUGGACCCAACUUUGAGACCAUCGCUGAGGCACGCAUGCUGCACAUCUUGGGGAGCGACUCUGUUGGCAUGAGCACAGUUCCUGAGGUGACGGUAGCCAAGCACUGUGGACUGCGGGUCCUUGGCCUAUCACUCAUCACCAACAAGGUUUCUCUUGACUACAGUCGUGAGGAGAAAGUGAAUCAUGAGGAGGUGCUGCAGAUCAGCAAGAUGAGAGCUGAGAUGCUCCAGAACAUGCUCAUGACCUUCAUCGCUCGCUCUCACCAAGUGGAGACCAUCAACAACAACUGCAUCUAUUCAAAUACCGUCUAGGGUCAAUCAAACCAGUUCAAUCAUGGGUGCUGUGGAAGUCAUGUGAUUGGAUACAAUAGAUCUAAAGGCUCUUUGUUAUUUUUAGCCUUUAUUUGCUUGUUUAAAAAAAAAAUUCAAUGUGAGACCUCACUGUGCUUUUGGAGAGGAUGUAUUUGAUCUCCAGAUUGUGAUUGUUGUCUUGUUGACUUUUCCUGACUUUUCAAUAUGAAAAAAUACAAACAAUUGUAAAUAAACCUCCCUAUAGUUGAAAUGAAA